UGGCUAUUUAGCAGAACGCUAGCAAAAUAGUGAAAAUAUUAUCUAAAAAUUCGUAAAUAUACGCGUUUUUAAAUUUGUUUCGUGUAUUACAGAACAAAGCAGGUGCUAACAGCGUGUACGGACAAGUGAAUUGCACAGCCAUUCCGACCCGGUGGCUUGUAAGAGAAUUCACUGUAACCGUGUGUAUUCCGUUUCUACUUCCCAUGAAUUGACCCUCUUGUUGUAUGCGAAGUGUUACGACGGAAGUAGCAGGAGCACCCGAAAACCACCAACAACAAAGCGAUCGAACCAGCAGGUUUUACCUUCACGGGAAUCCGUGGUUUGAGAAGCUGUUGCACCGUGUUACUGUCCGUUGCAUUAAUUACCGUCCUGUCGUUAGUAAGCCAAACCAUCACCAGCGAUGAUUAAACUAUUCUCCCUCAAACAACAAAAGAAAGAUGGUGAAGCAACACCGAAGGCCGGAGGACAGAAGAAAACUUUCACUGCUGCACAGCUGCGAAUCACUAAAGAUAUCAAUGAGCUAAACCUUCCGAAGACGUGUGCCACCGAAUUCCCGGACCCGGACGAUUUGCUGAACUUCAAGCUUAUCAUCUGUCCGGAUGAGGGCUUCUAUAAGGGGGGUCGAUUCGUGUUCAACUUUAAGGUUGGACCAAACUACCCUCACGAACCUCCGAAGGUCAAGUGUGAAACCCAGGUCUACCAUCCAAACAUAGACCUUGAGGGUAACGUGUGCUUGAACAUUCUACGCGAAGACUGGAAACCGGUACUAACGAUUAACUCGAUCGUAUAUGGAUUGCAGUACUUGUUCUUGGAACCGAAUCCGGAGGAUCCGCUCAACCGGGAAGCUGCUGAAGUGUUGCAAACCAAUCGACGCCUGUUUGAGCACAAUGUUUUCAAAGCGAUGCGCGGCAACUAUAUUGGCGCGACGUACUUCCAGCGCUGUCUCAAGUGAUAUAUAAAUUCGAAAUUAACCCUUACAUGUUGCGUUUAUUUAAUUAUUCUUACGAUUGGUGGGCGCUAUUAUAUAGACUUUAAUUAUAAUUAAAAAUGCCACGAACAAGCAUGGUUGCGAGUCGAAAGCCCGGAACGCGUUGGAAAGACAAACUCCCUGAAUGCAAAUACAGCCCUAAAUAACAGAGAACCGAGAUCCAGAAUAUUCACAGCAAUAGAGACCCAUUAAUGCACCACAUUGCAAAGAUGUAGUAACAAAAAAGCAGAUACAAGGAAGAUGAGUUGCGUAAGGAUACAACACACACAUAAAAGCCGUUCGUUUGCAUCAGAAGGAAGCUGCAGGUUUGGCCUUGUAGAUUGUGAUGAAAUUUCUACCGACAGACAGUAGAGAGUGUGAGGAGUGAACUAUACAGGAACUGGAGCGAGAGAAGGGAGAGCACCUUGUUUAGAUAGCGAAAAGGCACAAGAUGCAGCUCAAAGCAAAUACACUGGGAAAACCAUUCGCUGUUAAUGGUAAGUAGCUUGGAAAAAUCGAGAGGAAAACCGUAGAGAACACAGAAUCACUCACAUACGACACGUCUUAUCUGUACAUUAUCUGUCUGGAAGUUGUGUGUGCAUGCGUGCGUUUGUUCUAUCGACGGUACACGUCGGAAACUGCGGACGGCGAUGCUGUCCUUGCUUGCACAGCUUGGGUCAGUUGAUUAAAGGCACAAUUUCUUAGAGUUUCGUGAAGGAUGAAUGAGCAUGCUCCAAAAAAAAAAAGGCGAAGUGAACCUCUACGGAGUGGUAUCGUCGACAGAAGAAAAACAUGGUAUAUAGCUGGAGUUACUCUUUAGUGAUAAUAACGAAGAUUGUGUCCCAUUCUCAUACCUAGAGUUAGUGGCUAAUCGUGAACGAUAGUAUAGAGAUUCAAAUUGUCUAAUAAACACUUAGCAAAAGGGCAGGAUGUUUCGCAAUCCUCGUUAUACUCUUUGAGUUGAUAGUGACUGCCAUUGUUGAGACACUGCUCCAAAGCGAUCUUUAACAUUGCCAUUUGCCAAUUGGUUUAUCUAAAUUACAAAGCAAACACACCUUACAAAUACAAUAUUGAAAAAAUAUUAGAACAUGAAAUCCGAUCGCUCCCAAAUGAAUGCAAAUAACAGCAAACAAAAAAGCAAACAAACCUUGGCAUAAACAAUACAUAGGAUAAUGAACAAAAAAACAGAAAAUAAACGAUGA